AUGGCUGCAGCAAUCUACUUAAAAAUCAAUUCACCGUCCACAGGGCCCAAAAUCACACUCAUCUGUGCGAAAACUAAAGUAGCACCAAUCAAACAAAUCACGAUCUCCAGGCUAGAGUUAACUGCUGCGUUAAUUCUAGCGAAACUCACGAAGUAUGUUCGAGCUACACUCCACAGAGUGAACAUACAUUCAAUUCACUUAUGGACGGACUCGUCAAUCACCUACUCAUGGAUCUAUUCAAUCGCAGGACGCUGGAAGGACUUUGUCAGAAACAGAGUAGUGCAAAUUCAAGAACUAGAUGCGGACGCGCACUGGCACCACAUUUCUGGCAAGGAAAAUCCAGCGGACUGUGCUCCAAGAGGCAUUACAGCCAAUCAAUUGAAAGAUUACUCGCUAUGGUGGAGGGGACCCACCUGGUUAGCUGAAAAUCAAGAAAACUGGCCAGUAAAUUUACCACCAGCUGACGAGGCUUGUAACUUAGAAGCUCGUCCUAGAAUUUCACUCAUAGCAGCAAUUCAAGAUACAAUAAUUCGAUGGGACUUGGUUAACAGAUAUUCUACACUUAACAAGUUACUUAGAAUCACCGCCUUAAUCAUUAAAUUCACUCCAAGACUUCGACAUUCACCAGUUACCAGUCCUUUAGCAUCAAUCACAACAGCUGACAUCGAAAAAGCGAGAAUCUUCUGGAUAAAGUCUACUCAAGCAGCACAUUUUCACCAAGAAAUCAGGACUUUAUCCAACAAUCAACAUCUUCCACCAAACCAUUCAUUCAACAGACUCACAGCAUACGUUGACUCAGGAGGGGUUCUACGAGUAGGAGGACGACUUCAGCAUGCUCAGUUGAGUCAUGAUUCAAAACAUCAAUUCUACCUCGACAUUCACCAUUCACCACUCUUAUUAUUCGACAUUAUCAUUUAA